GAGGGCCUCACAAUUCACAAUUCACAAAACGUCCUGUGAAAUUGGAGCUAUUUCUGUUGAAGGUUUCGUUGACGUGCACGAAUCGUAGUGGCCCCUCUUCUCUCAUCGCAUCGAGUUGAGUUUCUCAUCCUCCCAUUUAUUAGGGCUCCGUCUUUGACCCUCUCUUUCUCACCGGUCGGUGCAUUUUACCGGAAAAUCCAUAUUUUCCGAUUAGAUUCUCCGACCGCUCUUGUUAUAUUUUCCCAAGGAAAUCUCAAAUUCGUAUACUCCCGUCCAAUAUCCAAUUCUUUUCUCGCGUUCCUCGACACGAAGAAUCUUUGGUGAUCCUUAACCGUUUGAUUUCCAAUUUCCUUCUUGUCAUGAUUCAGCUAUGAUUUAAUCGGAAUUGGAUUUCAAGUUCUCAUUGAAAUCGCUGACUCUGAUAUCAUCAACAAUCUUUGUUGCGGAGGGAGGUUUUAGCUUCGGUAUUCUGUAAUUGAUUUAUCCGUGAAGAUGGCUGGUCAAGGCGGCUCUUCAAGGAGAAGUCUAUCGCUGACAAGCAAGAAGAAGACUUCCGAGAAUGGAGGCCCUGAGUUUGCGGCGCGAAGAUCUCUUUCGUCUGCGCGAUCUAUGGGGCUAAGUGGUGAACGUACUGUAAAACGGCUGCGGCUGUCAAAGGCCCUAACAAUACCUGAAAGUACAACUAUUCUUGAGGCUUGCCGUCGGAUGGCUGCUCGUAGAGUUGAUGCUUUAUUGCUAACUGACUCCAAUGCAUUACUUUGUGGAAUCCUUACAGACAAGGAUAUAGCAACUAGGGUUAUUGCCCAGGAGGUUAACCUUGAGAAUACACCUGUUUCAAAAGUUAUGACAAAAAACCCGGUCUUUGUUCUCUCCGACACUCUUGCUGUGGAAGCCCUCCAAAAGAUGGUGCAAGGAAAAUUCAGACAUUUGCCUGUGGUGGAGAAUGGGGAGGUCAUUGCUUUACUUGAUAUAGCAAAGUGUUUAUAUGAUGCUAUUGCUCGUAUGGAAAGGGCGGCUGAAAAGGGAAAGGCUAUUGCUGCAGCUGUUGAAGGUGUUGAAAAACAUUGGGGGACAUCAAUUUCUGGCCCCAAUACCUUCAUUGAGACGCUUCGAGAGCAGAUGUUUAGGCCAUCUCUGUCUACAAUCAUUCUGGAGAAUUCAAAGGUUGUAACAGUUUCCCCAACAGAAACAGUUUUAGUGACAGCAAAGAAGAUGCUUGAACUUCGAUUAAGCUGUGCAGUUGUGACAAUUGAUGACAAACCGCGGGGAAUUCUUACAUCAAAGGAUAUCUUGAUGCGGGUAAUAGCACAAAAUCUUCCUCCAGAGUCCACUUUGGUGGAUAAGGUCAUGACUCCAAAUCCAGAAUGCGCAACGGUAGAUACACCGAUUGUUGAUGCACUGCAUAGCAUGCAUGACGGGAAGUUUUUGCACCUUCCAGUAGUAGAUAGAGAUGGAACUGUAGUUGCUGUCGUGGAUGUAAUACAUAUCACACAUGCUGCUGUGGCAACAGCUGGAAAUACUGCUGGCAUAAGUAAUGAAGCCACGAACACUAUGAUGCAAAAGUUCUGGGAUUCUGCCAUGGCCUUAAGUGCCAAUGAUGAUGAUGAGGAUACUCAAAGUGAAGGUUCCUUAAAAUUGGCUUCAGAUGCAACGGAGACAGCAAGAUCGAUUUCCUAUCCUUUAACAAAACUGUCUAAUACAUUUGCUUUUAAGAUUGAAGAUAAGAAGGGCAGGAUGCACAGGUUUACUUGUGAAGCCCAAAGUUUGACAGAUCUUCUAGCUGCGAUCCUUCAGAGGGUGGGAGAUGACAUCGACCCCAACAACCUGCCUCACAUUAUGUAUGAAGAUGAAGACCAUGAUAAAGUUGUACUAGCAUCAGAUAAUGAUCUUGCAGCUGCUGUUGAACAUGCAAGGUCAGCUGCUUUGAAGGGUUUGAGAUUGCAUUUAGAAUAUUCAGGAACAGCUGGUCGUAGAAGAGCUUCCAGUUCAGGAGAUAUGGCUUAUGCUAAUUCAGAUGCAUGGGCAUCCGCAUAUAGCGCUGUUGCAGCAGGAGCUGCACUUGUCGCUGGGUUAGGCGUAUUAGCUUACUUGAGAAGAGCCGGGACCUAAUAUUGUGAAUCAUUUUUUUUUCGGUCAUUAAAGGAGUUGAAGACUGAGGGAACUGAGAGACCAUUGUGGUGGAUAUCUGUUUCCGUAUAAUUAUAUAGAAUGAAAACCAAUUUUGUGGGCACUGGAUACUGCAUACUGCAUACUGCACUGGUUGCAUUGGUUUGUCGGCACUGAUUGCAUGCCGCAUGCGUGACAUUUUUCGUACUAUGUAAACUCUCGUCCACUAAGGUGGUGGACCUGGAGAUUUGUGUAAAAACAAAUGUUGAGACGUGGAAUCUACAAUGUGUUUUGAGGUU